AUGCUUCCUUUACUGGAGCAGGUAAUGGAAAUGCUGAAGUUUGAGCUUGUCUUUUCCUGUCUUCUCUGCCUUGCCCACUCCACCUUAUUUGCUGGAGGGAGGAUACGAUUGUCGAAGCUGAAGUCCCAUUCAAUUCAUAGAAUUUCGCCUACUACCCUCUUACUCGCACGCCUACCAACUAGAAUGAGGACAGUCAGACUAACCCCAAAAAAGAACUCUCACUCGAGAAAGCGGCCCCCUUUCUGCCUUUCUUGCUUGAUUCGUCUUUCAUCUCAGUGUCUUAUCCGGAUUGAAUGUAUACUAUCCCCCUAUCGGACUAAGGGUUUUUAUCGAAUAUUCCUCUCUCUACCUGAAUUCAAUCAGUAA